UCAGUUGACAAUCCGUCAAACUUAAGUGGGUUGAAAUUUGAUUUUAUCACCUCUAAUUUUGCUGUAAUCACAACAACCUGUCUUGUAAUUACUUUUAAAUAGUGUGAAUCAUGUUAUUAGAGUCGCUUAAAAUCGAAUUAUUAUAAUUCAAUAGCAGAACUAAUGAUAAGUAAAUUGAUUGAAAUUUGUAAUAAAUAGGAUAAUAGUGGUGACUAAAGUAUUUAUGAGAAGAACAAAAUAUUUAGGUUAAGAAAUCACAUUUUACUUGCUGUUGUUUUCCCCCCAAAAUUGUGUUUGGUCUCUAGGGUUUAUGGAGCAGCUGGUCUACGAUUGUGCUAUUUGAGUAGCCGUUAAGGUAAUAUUUUUGGGUUUUUCUGUUUUGAAUCGUUGAAAUAGGAAUAUAUAAUGGAAACAGCAGCUCAAAAAUGCAUGAUUUAUGGCGAUACAAGUGAAGGGAUUGAUAGAAUAAGCUCAUUACCAGAUGAGGUAAUCCACAAAAUACUUUCCUCUCUCUUAAUUUUCGAUGAAGUAGUUCAGUUGAGUGUAUUGUCCAAAAGAUGGAGAUAUAUAUGGACUACAAUGCCUUACUUGCACUUUGAUAUUGAUGAUUCUUGUGUAAAACGGCUCAAUGGUGGAAGGUUGGAUUAUCAUAAGAUACUAAAGGAAAAAUUCAAAGACUUUAUCAAUUGGGUCCUAAUUUCCCAAAGGGAGACUAAGCUUGCCAAGUUUCUACUCUGUGUUGCUCCACAUGAUUACUUUGAUAAGAUGGAGAUUUUGCGGUGGAUCCAUGCAGCAACGAGGCGAAAUGUUCAAGAAAUUGUGUUAGAAUUUAUUCCUUGUGAGCAAUUCGAGUUACCAAUUUGUGUUGCAACUUGUGAAUCUUUGCAAGUUUUAAAGCUAAACCUGCCCUUCAAUAUACUUAAACUGCCUAAUCAUUUUGGAUUUCGUCAGCUGAAAAAUGCUCCAUCUUGAGACAGUUGAGUUAUCGGACAAACAUUCCCUA